AUGAAUAGCAUAGUAAAAAGAUAUGGUGUAGUUAGGCCGAAAAGAAUUGUUCCUUUCUCAUGGACUCAAGAGUUUCAUAAUGGAAUUGUUAGUGCUGAAAAUAAGUAUAAACAUUUGGAUAUUUUGAAUAAUAAAAUGUAUUAUAUGCUUAAUCAAAUUCGAGGGAAAAAAAAUCGUAAAAAAAGAGAAAGAGUAAAUUUAAAUGCUGAGCAAAAAGCUGUAAAAAUAAAAAUUCCUCCUAUAAGACUAGAAGAUCGAACAACAAUAUGUGAACCCCCAACAGUUAUAAGUAAAAAUAUUAAAAAAGAAAUAAUGAAAGUGUGCAUAGGAAAAGAAAGAACAAGACGGCAUUUUAAAUUUAGAAAUAAAUACAGGAUUAAAAAAUUAUUAAAUAUGACCCAUGAUAAAGAAAAUAUAAAAGAUGAUGAAAAGGCUAAAAAAAAUCCAAGCACAUUUAUAACACCUUUAACUAAAUUGCAACAUGAGUCAGUUUUGCCAAGAACAUUAAAUCAUGACCGAUUUAAUUUUCCCCAUAAUUUUCAUUACUCAGUAUUAUGGCAUGGCUCAUCAACAGUAGAUUACGAAGAUAAUACAAUAUGCUUUUUUAGUUCAAACAUAAAUGAUUUAUCUUUAACUCCAAAAGAACAAAAAAAAAUAAAAGAUAUAUUAGGAACAGAGCGAGUAGACUUAAAAAAUGAUUUAAUAUAUAUGGAAAGUAAUUUUUUUAAUACAUAUAAUCAUAAUGCUGCAUAUCUUGGUGAUGCAAUUCAGUUUUUAAUGAAACGAAUUAAAAGUUUGUAA